UGUAAUUUAUUUAUUUACUUUUAUAUCCAAGAGAUCAGAGAAAGAAUCCAUAUCAUUUCAAUGACAACAUUUUAUUGGCUAUUGACCAAAGUAGACUAUAUUGCUAUUCAGCAAAGAUUCUCUAUCUCCAAAAAUUCCUAUCCUCUUUGUUCCAAAUCACUCACAAUCAUUAGAUAUGUCUUGAGAUUUGUGAAUCUUAAAAUUCUCAUAUGAUCCAAUGAUGGUGAGUAAUUAGAGAUAGGGGACAAAAAAUUUUGAGGACAGACCAUCCUUGCUGAUAUUUACUUAUUACAAGACUACACAACUUUGAAAUUUGAAAAAUUGGGUGAGUCUUACAUUUCAUGGUGCUUCCCAUAGCAAUCCAACCCUCUUGCCGCCCCGCCGCCUGACCUCCGCCACCGUAGGCUUCUCACCGGAAAACAAAAAAAAAAGCCACCACCCAAAACCCACCUCUCAAAAAAUGUCAAAAAUUCCUCUCUCUAUACUCUCUCUCCUCUUCCUCAUCUUCCCCUUCCAUGGAACCUCCCAAACUAGUACUAAUUCAGAACAAUCAAUCUUAUUGAAACUGAAACAAUACUGGUCUGACCCAGCACCCAUCAACCACUGGAACUCAACCUCUACCCACUGUGAUUGGCAUGAGAUCACCUGCACCAACGGGUCGGUCACCGGACUUUCACUUAUCAACACAAACAUCAAUGGAACAGUACCUCCCUUCAUUUGCGACCUCCAAAACCUUACCCUCAUUGAUCUUCAAUACAAUUACUUUUCCGGGCCAUUCCCAACCGGUCUCUACAACUGUUCCAAGCUCAAAAUCCUUGACCUCUCACAAAACAUCUUCACCGGCCCAAUUCCCAGCGACAUCGACCGGUUGUCAGCUCAGCUCCAGUCUCUCAACCUCAGCGGCAACAUCUUCACCGGUGACAUUCCCACAGCAAUUGGGAAGUUCCCGGAGCUGAGAAUUCUCCGGGUUUUUCUAAAUGGGUUCAACGGCUCUUUCCCCUCAGAAAUCGGUAACUUGUCGAAUCUUGAAGUACUAGAGAUGUCUUUCAAUAAUUUCUCAAUGAUGGCUAUACCUUCGAGCUUUACCCAGUUGAAGAAACUGAAAGAAUUGCAGAUGAGAGAAUCAGGGUUGAUGGGAGAAAUCCCAGAAACAGUAAGGAAUUUGACGGCGCUCGAGGUCCUUGACCUGUCAAUAAAUAGCUUGACUGGUAACAUUCCAAGUGGUUUGUUCUUGUUGAACAAUUUAACAAUCCUGUAUCUUUUCAGAAAUCAGUUGUCCGGGGCUAUUCCUCAGGUGGUUGAAGCUUUGAAUUUGGCGGAAAUCGAUCUAUCCGCGAACAACUUAAACGGAACAAUACCUGAUGAUUUUGGAAAAUUGACAAAAUUGUCGGGUUUGGAUCUGAUUUUCAAUCAAUUAUCCGGUGAGCUACCGGCAAGUAUUGGCCGCCUUCCCUCCUUGGAAGUCGUUAAAUUGUUUAACAAUAACCUCUCAGGGGUACUUCCACCGGACUUGGGAAAAUACUCGAUGCUCAAAGAGUUUCAGGUCCCUUCAAACCAUUUUACUGGUAACUUGCCAGAGUACUUGUGUGCUAAUGGGGCAUUGACCGGAGUCAUAGCUUUUGACAACCAUCUAACAGGCGAACUGCCAAAUUCACUUGGGAAUUGCAGGAGCUUAUUGAUUGUACAAGUCAAUGGAAAUCAACUUUCUGGAAGCAUUCCAUCUGGUUUGUGGACAUCAAUCCAUAUGAAAGCCUUGAUUCUCAAUGACAAUUUGUUGUUCGGUCAGCUUCCCGAUAAAUUGGCUUCUAAUUUAUCACGGAUCGAGAUUAGUAACAACAUGUUUUCUGGUGAAAUCCCAGCUGGAGUGUCAUCGUGGAAGGCUUUGACGGUGUUCAAUGCAAGCAACAAUCACUUCACUGGUACAGUUCCUCAAGGAUUGACAGCUCUUCCUCAUUUGACGACUCUGUUGCUUGAUGGAAAUCAACUUUCUGGGCAUCUUCCAUCAGAUAUAAUCUCGUGGAAUUGGCUGAACACUCUACAUCUCAGUCGAAACCAGCUUUCCGGUCCAAUUCCUGCCAAAAUCGGGUCUUUACCUAGUCUCACUGAUUUGGACUUGUCAGGGAACGAGUUAUCGGGUCAAAUCCCGCCUCAGAUUGGCCUUUUGAAGCUAACUUUGCUCAACCUGUCUUCCAAUCUUCUCACUGGGACAAUACCAGUUGAGUUCGAAAACAAAGCAUAUGAUAAUAGCUUCUUGAACAAUUCUGGUCUUUGUGCAACUAACCCAUCACUACUAGGCAUUGAUGUAUGCUCUUCAGGGCCUCAAAACUCCAGCAAAAUUCUUGCUGUAAUUGUAAGUACAGCGGCGGCCUUGUUUGCAUUGGCUAUGUUCUUCAUGUUCCUCGUGGUCAAAACUUAUCGGAAAAGAAAGUGUGGAUUGGAUUCCAAGUGGGAGUUCACUCAAUUUCAAUCGUUGAAUUUCUCAGAGUUGGACAUUCUAUCGAGUCUGACUGAAAGCAACAUGAUCGGAUCUGGUGGUUCAGGGAAAGUGUACCGUGUAGUUUUGAACCGUUGGGGCAAAGUUGUCGCUGUCAAGAAGACCCGGAAUAUCAGAAAGCUGGAUGAGAAAGUCGAGAAGGAAUUCCUAGCAGAAGUGCAAAUUCUGGGCACGAUUCGCCAUUCCAACAUAGUGAAAUUGCUGUGCUGCAUUUCUAGUGAGACUACAAAACUCCUCGUCUAUGAGUAUAUGGAAAAUAGCAGCCUGGACCGGUGGCUCCAUGGGAAGAACCAGCGGUUGAGUGUCUCGGGUCCAGUCCAUCAUGCUGUCUUGGACUGGCCUAAGCGGCUUCAAAUUGCAGUGGGAACAGCCCGGGGACUGUGCUACAUGCACCAUGAAUGCUCACCUGCAGUAAUUCACCGAGACGUGAAAUCAAGCAAUAUCUUGUUAGAUUCUAGCUUCAAUGCAAAGGUUGCAGAUUUUGGUCUAGCCAAGAUGGUAGUCAAGCAUGGAGAGACUAAUACAAUGUCAGUUGUGGCUGGUUCUAUUGGAUACUUAGCACCGGAGUAUGCUCACACAACAAGAGUGAAUGAGAAGAUUGAUGUGUAUAGUUUUGGUGUGGUCCUUCUGGAACUAGUUACUGGAAGGGAAGCCAGCAACAAUGGGGAUGAAGAUACUUGCCUUGCCGAAUGGGCAUGGCGCCACAUUCAAGACGGAAACCCCUUAGUUGAUGCCUUGGACGAGGAGGUCAAAGAACCUUGUUACCUGGAUGAAAUGACUUGUGUCUUCAAGCUCGGGAUCAUUUGCACGGGCACGUUUCCCUCAACUAGGCCUAACAUGAAGGAGGUUCUGCAGAUCCUGCUCAGCUGUUGCAGCCAUCGACCAGAAUUAGGAGAGAAAAUUGAUGGAAGCGAGAAUGCUGGUUCUCCUCUCCUCAAGAAUUCCAGGCGUGAGAGGUUGUUGGACGAUGAGGAUGAUAGUUUGGUGUCCAAUGUUUAG